UAGGAGGAGGCACAAGAAGAAGGAACAAAAAGUGUCAAAAAACAUGGAAGCUCUCCCGAAGUCGAGUCGAAUUGUGUGGUGCGAGUGAAAAAAUCGAUUUUUGAGGCCAAAACCCGUGUCCAAAGUGUGACUUCCGGCGGUCGGAGCAGAACCCCGGCACGAUGGAGCGUUUCGCGAUCAACAUUUUGCACAAGCGGAUCUACAAAAUCUGCCGCCUGUGCGGGGUGGAUCAGCCGCACAAGAUUCCGAUUAUUGAAGGGGCAGAGACCAUCAUAGUAGGCGACGAGGAUGAAGAAGCGUCGCUGGCAAAGAAAAUCGAAGAAUGCGUCGGAAUACAGGUUCACAAGGACGACAAAAUGCCGCAAAACAUUUGCGCUCUUUGUGUGGACAAGAUCAACGAUUUCUACGAAUAUCGAUUGAUGUGUGCGGCUACGAAUCUGCAGACGAGGUCCAUCUUGAACUUGAAUUUGGUGGAACCGUCGCGAAAGUUGCUGAACUUCGGGGAGAUAUCCAAAGUGGAGGAUGAUAAAAAGGAAGACGUAAAAAAGGUGGUGGAAGUAGCUACGAGCAGCAGCAGCAGCAUUAUUCCCAGUCCAGGCAAGAAGGGAAAGAAAAAGCGGGGUCCACCAUCUCCUUCACCUUCGCCAGCUCCGACAACGCGCAUUAAAGCUGCUGUGGAUGUGAAAGACGAACCAGUACCGGUUGUUCCAGUGAAAGCGCUCACCAAGAAGGAACGCAUGAAGCAAAUGCAACUUCAGAAAGAGAAGGAGGAACAAAAGAAAAAGGAGGAAGAAAUAAAAAAGAAGGAAGACGGACGGAAGAGAAAAGAAGAUGAAAAGAAGAAAGACGAUGAGAAGAAGAAAAAGGAAGAUUUGAAAAGGGACAGAAAAGACGAUAAACUUAAGAAAGAGAAGGUGGAAGUAAAACAACCGGAAGUCAAUGAGCAAAAACACACAAGAUCGAAAAGAAAGGAACCUUCUCCGGUGAAAGAAACAUCGGAAAAAGCUGAACCAACGGUUCCUCCACCGAAAAAAAUUAAAUUCGAACAUCCCUGUUCUUAUUGCUCGGAUGAGUUCAAAACACAAAGCGAAUUGGAUGGGCAUUUGGGGGCGAAGCAUACUGCACUUAUUCGUAAAUUUGGCUGCGCAUCUUGCCGGGAAACUUUCGAAACCGUGCUGGAAUCUAAAGAUCACAAUCUGUGGCAUCAAUUAACCCGUACUCCCUACACGUGCUUCAAGUGUAAACGAAAGUAUGAUAAAAACUUGGCUCUAGUCAAGCACAUGACGUUGAAUGCAUGUGGCCGAGUUGCUCGGGGAAGACCUCCGACCAUUCUGCCCGAUGUCCAAUGUCGAUUGUGCAACAAAAAAUUCAAAACUCAAAAUCUCUAUGAAUGGCACAGUUGCUUCCUCAAACCGAAGUCGAACUGUCCCAAGUGCGGAAAGUAUUUCGUCAAGAAGCAAAUUCUCUCUCGUCAUUACAUGAUGUUCUGCACCGGAACGCUUCCAACACCAGAGCCGGUAAUUAUUCCGAAAGCUGAACCUAUCGAUCCUGCGGACAAACCAGCGGCCUCGACAGCUGUAGCGACUAUCGCGGAACGCAGGAAACGACGUGUUGCAUUUGCUGAGCCUGAAUUGCCCAAGGAGGAAAGGGAAAUUCCGUUCCCACCACAGCUCGAACCGGAAGCAUCUAUUCCUUCUCCUGCUCCUACUCCAACACCAUCCGGGGGCAAAAAGAAAACUAGGAAAGAUUCAACACCUACUGUCACUAUCAAACCCGUGCCACCACCUCCUGCUGCAGCUGAGAAGAUCACAUCACUUUUGAAUUCGGGAGCCAAGUUGGAUCGCGACAGCGAUAUUGCCACUAUCAAUAAUCUCCUGAGCUCGGUAACAGAAGCCAUUGCCAGUAUUUCGGAAGCUAAGGCCAAGAAGAAGAAGAAAAAGAAAGAUAAGAACAAAGAUAAGGCUGAAGCGGAAAAUGAAGCGUCCGCACCCGCCCCAGCGCCGGUUGUGGAAGAACCCAAAAAGAGUACACCUGAAGUGGUAAAGAAACCGCUCCCACCACAACCACCACCAGCACCAGAGCCUCCUGCUGCAGAACCGAAGAGUGCAGAAGAGCUCGAAGCGUAUGCUCUUGCGCAAGAAGUAGGCGAAAUGACCUUGGAUCAGCAGCUGGCCUUCUGCUCGGGGAAAUUGCCGCUCGUUGUGCUGAACAAGACAUCUUUCAAGCAGGAAUGCACCGAGAUCGAUAUGGAACCAUCACAAUUGCAAGAGCCCAUGGAGGAGGAAACCGAACCCGACCACCAGGUUACGGUUGAGAACGGAGAGGAGGAAGAUAAUGGGUACGACGAUGAGGCAGCGAACGAUUAUUCAGAUUUCCAGAAUGAUGAUGACCAUAACAACGAUGAUGAGCCACAGCAGGCCAGUGCCGAGGAGGAACAUACUGAAACAGAAGAAAACCAGCAAACCGAAGAGGUGCAAUUCCCAAUGCCAAUCAAACAAGAAAUUGAAUCGGAGGAACCCACAAUUGCACCAGAAACUCCGGAACAAGAAGAACCGGCAACACCCGAGCAGGAAGAAUCGAUAAUACCCGAGCAGGAAGAAUCGAUUACACCCGAGCAGGAAGCGGAAACACAAUUAUCUUCUGUGAACGAGGCACCUCUACUCGAAAAAGAAGCUCGGCCACCUUCGGUACAAGCUCGUGCAAAAACCCCGAAGGAUCAGGAAUCUCUUUUCGACAGUCAACUAGCGAUAAAUAUCAAGAAAGAGCCGGGUCUCGAAGAAGACCAGCAACCUGCCCUAAAACGGAAACGUCCCGAGUCACGUACAUCUGCUGUUGGUUCUCCAGCUUCUCUGAGCUCAACGCAAAGUCCAACACAAGACUCUCCUAAACUCAUACUGAAAAUUAGGAAAAAUGUGGUCGAACCUGCGAAAAAAGCAAUCAAAACCAUUGUACUGGACGAUGAUGACGAUGACGAAGAGGAACAAAGCGCGCCUGACAACCAGCCAACCAAGAAGCAAAAGAUUUACAAGAAGCCCGAUUUCCUGGCGGUCAAGAUUAAACAAGAGAAAGUUGAUCCGACCUACGAACGCCCAGAGCCAACCAUUGUCAACCAAGUUGAACUGCCUGGUGGCAUUCGCAUCAAACAAGAACGGCCCGAUCCCGAUGAAGAACCGGCCCAUGUCGAGGAAAAUUCUGCGCCGACUCCACCACCUCAGAAAAAAUCGCGUCUGUCUCGUAAGGAUAAGCCAGCCUCCCCGGUCAUCGCAUUCGAUGGAGUUCGCAUCAAACAAGAAAAACCGGAUGUUACAAAAUCUAUCGCUGAAGCGCCUCCACCAGAAGAUCCUAAGCCUCAGGAGAAGAAGAAGAAGUCUAAGGGUAAAAUCAAUCCUUUCGCUUUGCUUCGACAGAAGUUGGCAGCUGAAGCUGCAGCGAAACAAGCCGAAGAAUCUGCUGCUCCUCCACAGGCACCAUCUCCGCUGCCGGUAAUUACCAAUGUGGUAGGAAACGCCCCCACGCCUGCCAUGUCCUCCUCGUCGAGCAGUUCCUCCGGUGCAACCACUCCCAUGGUGGAAUCUGACACGGAGAGUGAACGAAGAGUCCCAGUGAUCGCACAGGUAGCAUCCAUAGCAUCCGCGAAGGUAAGCGAACCGGAGUUCCCAGUACCAAUCAAACAGGAACCGGUGGAUGAGCCAGAUGAAGAAGAAGAACAAGAUGAGCACAAUCCAUCGGAAGCAGAAUCCACCAAUCAGGAGACCGACGAUGGCUUCCCAAUACCCAUCAAACAGGAACCCCCUGAAGAGCAAUCUGCAGGUGAAGGUUUAUCCACUCCCGAAGAGCCAUCCUCUCCUGACGAACCGGAAGAGCCCGAGUUGCCCCGGCCGAUAAAGGAAGAGCCGAAAGAAUCUCAACCGGAACAUGCUGAAAGUGCAGAUGCGUCGGAGGAAGAACCGGAACAGUCGCAAGAUGAGCCAGCCGCAAACGACACUGAGGAAGAACAUGAAAAGCAAGUAGUUCCAUCGGCGACUAGCGAUAGUAAAAUAGAAGACGAUGAUCAGGAAGACAAGCCAGAAACUGAGCAGCAAAAUAAUGAAGUUGAAGAAAAUAAGGACUUGGAUGAUGAAGAAGAAGAUGAUGAAACGGAUGAGGUUCAUCAAAGUUCCCAAAACGAGGAAGUAGAGCCAUCGGCGGACACCGAAGAACAGGAGAAGGAAGCACGGAAUGACGAUGAUGAUGAAGAGGAAGAGGAGAGUUUGUCUGCAGUAGAAGCAAAGGAAGAUGUAUUAGCGUCGAAGGAGCAAAAAAUUGAACAAACCAUAGAUGAGAACAAUGAACAAGAAGAAGAGGAACAAGUUCAGCACAAUACAGAUGACGAGAAAGUGGAUUCAUCACAGGCGACUGAAGGUGGGGUUGAAAAUACUGAACACCAAGAGAAAGAUGAUGACGGUGGUGAUGAAGAUCAUAAAGAACAGGAAGAUGUUCCUUCGCUUACGAUCGAAGGUACGAAAAACGAAGAAGCUGAUGAGAAUGAUAAUGAUGAAGAAGGAGAAAGUUCCUCAUCUCCGGUGGACAAAACAAAUCUACCUGCACCAAACGAAGAUCAAGAGAAAGAAGACUCAGAAGACGGAAAUGAGCUCGAGGAAAACGUGCCUGCUGUGGCCCAACACAUAGAAAAGAAAUUAGACGAUCAGAAUCAGUUGAAUGAGAUUGACGAGAUGGAAAAUUCCACGUCGCCUAUUUCAGAUAUUCCAAUGGACGAUUAUGAUCAAAACUCGAAAGGACAGGAGGAACAAGAACCAUUGGAAGAAAACAAAAGUCCUCCCGUAGCAGACAGUCCGCAAGAAUCGGAAACAAAUAGGUUAGCAAUUCAGCCCAACAACGAAAGGCACGAUAGGCCAACGGAGGCACAUCGGGAAUCGAGCAGUAUUGCAGAAUCUUCUGAAGCUUUAUCAGUACCACCGGAACCAUCGUCGACCAGUGAUGGGUGUUCUGAUACUCGCUUGGAAUCGCAGCUGGAGGAAUUGCAGAAUCUUCUCACGGUAGGACUGCAACAGCCUCUGCCAGAUUCAUCACAAUUUCCGCAAACCAGCUCACUCGCCACUGCCAGCAAUAAUGACCAGAGCAUGGUUCAAAGCUCUUCCAUUGGAUCGAGCGUUGGUAACAACGUCGGUGUCAGCGGAUUGGACGAUGACCUGGACAGUUUACUGAACAAUAAGCUAGAGGAAAUAACGGCGGCCCAGCCGUUGAGCGCCGGACCCCCGCAAGAUGAUAUCAAUAUGGCCAUCGAGCGGGAGCUUUUGCAUGAAAUAAUGCCAAUUGGGUCGGAGAUAAGUGCUACCAGCGGCCAUAGCGCCGGAACUGGUGGGCUGCUAGAAGUAGGGCAAGACAUACUGCAGGAAGGCGCUGGCAAUAGCGCCCAGCAGUAAUCAUAAUUCAUUAUGCAUUUUUGAAAUCCCAAGUGUUUAAAACCCAAUCCUACUGCACUACAGUCUACCUUUCUAUUUAGUAAAAGCCUAUUAUUAUGAUUCGAAAAGUUGUUAGGCUGCACAACAAUCACAAACACACAUACACAUUUUAAAAUCAUUGCAUAGCAAGGUUUAGCUACCCAAAAGUAUAGUUUUUGCUCUGCCGUUUAUGGGUAUUCAAUGUCGUUCAACAGAGUCUGUAUAUUUUAUUUUUGCACCUAUUUUUUAUAUUUUUUGUGACCACUUUUCUUGGAGCAGAAACAAGUCCUAAUUUCAUUGAAUAAGAAGAAAAUCACUGCUGUACUCUCUUUUGUUACAUUGCCUAUUUUAGUUUUAUCAUUGGAUUGAUUCCAAUCAUACAAAAAGAAGGAACCCAUAAUAUAGAUUCUGACUGUAACAGUAGUAAUCCCCCCCAUCUUAGAUGUAUGUCGGUAAGAGAAUGUAAUAAGUUCGGUAUUUAGGAAAUGAAAACGGACAGUUUAGCAACUGCGACGGAAAAAUAGUGGCUCAGUGAAUAACAAUAUUGAUUGCGCUAUUGAAUAAAGUAUAAUAAACCAUAAAAUUGUG